UUAAAGCUAACUCCCAGCAUCUCAAUUAUCUCCUUGGAAGUAGUUUUCACAAAUAUAAAAACGCCCUACGGUGGCUGUUUUCGGUAAGCUACCAAGGUAGAGAGCAGCAGAGGCAGACAGAGGGAGAGCAAACGGGAGAACAGGCUGCUUCCGCCUUUGUGAGAGGGACUGAGGCAGCAGCUCCUCUCGGCUCGGGUUCCAAGUGCUCAAAGUGCUUCCAUUUACAUCACCGUGUGCAGUGCAGGGCAAAAGGGGCUGCCAGGAAAUCUGAAACUAAUUUGCUUCCAGUUGACUAGAACAGCAUAUUUUGAAUUAGCUUGCUUCUUUUUAAGCUAACUUUUCUCAAGCGUUAAACUGAUGAACUGGGCAUUUUCUAUGAUCAAUGGGUAACUGCUGGAGCUACAGUAAUCUCUGUGAUCAUGGAGGAAGCACUUUACUCCCACCAAAUGUCACAAAUGAAUUUCCAGAAUAUGGGACCAUGGAGGAAGGUGGAGAAGGCCUAAGGGCUUCUCUGGAGUUUGAUGGUGAGACUCUGCCAUGCCACCCACAAGAGCAGCAGGGUGUCCAGCCUCUUACUGGCUGCCACUCUGGGCUCGACAGUGUUACAGAAGGACCAAAAGAUGUCAGAGAGGCCCUCUCUCAAAGUCACCUCAAGGAACAAAGUUUACAGCCCAUUGACUCUUUGAUUUCAGCUCUGAAAGCCACAGAAGCCAGAAUCAUUUCCGGAACAUUACAGGCUACAAAGGUACUGGACCAAGAUGCUGUUUCUAGUUUUUCAGUUCAGCAGGUGGAAAAAGAGCUGGACACUGCCAGUCAUAAAACACAGAGAUUCAACAAACUGCUCCCUGCUGGCAAAAAAAAAUCACCAGAAAUACCUCUUUCAGCUGAAGUAACGACGGAGGAAAGUUUUUAUUUGAGCAUCCAGAAGGAUCUGACCGCGCUGUUAACUGGAGACACUCAGGCAGAGCUUUCCCAGAUAAUGAAUAAUGAGAGGAAAGGGGCUGUCUGUGUGCAGGAGCCAUCUUGUCCCAUAGCCUCCCUCGGAAGCUCAGCAGUGACCUGCCACUCUGCAGGCACUGUUGGUUUCUUGAAAGAGCAGAGGUCUGCUCUUGGGAGAGAGCACCCAGGGGGAUGUGAUCGAAGCAGCUCCAUGGGACGCCCAGGCCGGGUCAAACAUGUGGAAUUUCAAGGAGUAGAGAUACUGUGGACAGGAGGAGCUAAGAGAGAGACCCAGCAUUCUGUAGAUUUUGAGACAUCACUGCAAAGAACAGCCUCUGCUGAUAGCAAAGAGUCUUCCAAAGUGUCACGCCAUCUCAUCUCAUCAGGUGGUUUGUGUAAUUCAAGUAGUUUAACUGAGAAUGUUUGGGAUGAAUCCUGGAAAGCUCCUUCAGAGAGGCCUGGCACUAGCUCGGGGACGUUUUCCCCUGUGCGUCUUGAUGAGAGUGGAGAGGAUGAAGUCUUCAUAAAGGAAAACAAACAGCAUCUUGAGAAGACACCUGAACCAGAGAGAGACAAGGAAAGGAUCACUGAACAAGAGGAGCACGUUAAGGGGGAAGAUGAAGACAUCCUUGGGCCUGGAUAUACAGAGGACUCCACUGAUGUGUACAGCUCCCAGUUUGAAACCAUUCUGGACAACACUUCUUUAUACUACAGUGCGGAGUCCCUGGAGACAUUAUACUCAGAGCCUGAUAGCUAUUUUAGCUUUGAAAUGCCCCUCACUCCAAUGAUACAACAGCGCAUUAAAGAAGGUGGUCAGUUCUUGGAGAGGACAUCAGGGGGAGGACAUCAGGAUGUCUUGAGUGUGUCAGCAGAUGGUGCAAUCGUGAUGGGCUAUUCUAGUGGGGUCACCAAUGGGCUGAAUGAUGCCAGCGACUCCAUCUACACGAAAGGCACCCCGGAGAUUGCUUUCUGGGGAAGCAAUGCUGGGGUGAAAACAACACGGCUAGAAGCUCAUUCCGAAAUGGGGAGCACGGAAAUUUUGGAAAAGGAGACCCCAGAAAAUCUCAGUAAUGGUACCAGCAGCAAUGUGGAAGCAGCCAAAAGGUUGGCCAAACGCCUUUAUCAGCUGGACAGAUUCAAAAGAUCAGAUGUCGCAAAACACCUUGGCAAGAACAAUGAAUUUAGCAAACUAGUUGCGGAAGAAUAUCUGAAGUUUUUUGAUUUUACAGGAAUGACGCUGGAUCAGUCACUCAGGUAUUUCUUUAAAGCAUUUUCUCUUGUGGGAGAAACUCAAGAACGAGAAAGAGUUUUAAUACACUUCUCCAAUAGAUAUUUUUAUUGUAACCCGGAUACCAUUGCUUCUCAAGAUGGAGUCCAUUGCCUUACCUGUGCAAUAAUGCUUCUUAAUACCGAUCUACAUGGCCAUAAUAUUGGAAAGAAGAUGACCUGCCAGGAGUUCAUUGCAAAUCUGCAAGGGGUAAAUGAGGGUGUUGAUUUCUCCAAGGAUCUGCUGAAAGAUAGCUAUCGCUGGAUUCCCUGCUGA